AUGGGAGUUUGCUGCAGUAAUAAUGCACCUCAACACAACCGAGGGCGAUAUCCAACAAUCGGCGAAUUUGUCGCUACAUCACAUCUGCGAGGGGUCAUCCGUGAAAGUACUCACUAUAUAGACAUAAGAGAACAUUAUAAAUUUAUUAAAAUAUUAGGCCACGGCCAUUUCGGAACAGUCAGAGAAGCAAUCAGACUUCACCAAUCUACCAGGCAGCAAAAAUACGCAAUUAAAUCAAUCCCCAUUUCAAAAAUCCACUCAAUUGACGUCCUCAAAAAUGAACUAGAAAUCCUUCAGCAAGCUGACCACCCCAACAUAAUAAAACUGUUUCAAUGCUAUGAAGACUCCAACUAUGUCCAUCUUGUCAUGGAAUUGUGCACAGGCGGCGACCUUUUAGAAGAUUUUCUUCGAAAAGGAGUUUUAGAUGAAGAAACAGCCGCGAAAUGGCUAGAAAAAAUCUGUUCAGCUGUAACUUAUCUACACAACUUGCAUAUUUGUCAUCGGGAUAUCAAACCCGAAAAUUUUCUAUUGACAACAAGACUGCCAGAUGCAGAGCUAAAAAUGAUAGAUUUUGGAUUAUCAACAAAAUUUUCUGAAGACCAAAAAGAACUUCAUUCUGUAGUUGGGACGCCUUAUUAUUUAGCUCCUGAAGUGAUCAAUAAAAACUAUGGAGUCGAAUGCGAUGUAUGGAGUAUUGGAAUUAUGAUGUAUUUAUUAUUAGGAGGCUAUGUCCCGUUUACUGGAGAUAACCAUCAUGAAGUUUUUGAUAAAAUUUUGCAUGAAGAAUUGGUUUUUCGUCACGAAAGAUGAGAACUUAUUUCUAAUGACGCAAAAGACUUGUUGAGCCAAAUGCUUACAAAAAGUACGACAAAUAGGAUAAAGCUGCCUCAGGUUUUAAAGCAUUCGUGGUUUAAGAGAUAUAGAAAAAACAAGCUUAAGAGCGUACCUUUAAAUGUAAUUGAGACUUUGAUGAAAUAUCAUGCUCCUGACAAGCUUAGAAAAUAUCUUAUGAAACUUAUCAUAAAAAAUAUGAGCUAUAACGAAAUCAAAGAACUUGACGAAAUUUUUAGGGCUCUCGAUACAAAUAAAACUGGAGUCGUCAAUGCUUUUGAUGUGGUUCAAGCUCUUAAAAAUGCAAAACAGCCAAAAGCUGUAGAAAAGUUGGAAAAAUUGUUAGAGAGAAAUAAAAUAUACGUAAUUCCCUUUAAUAGCCCUAUAAGUGGGUGAAUUGCCCGCUACAAUUACAAUUUGGUUACCAAAAUUAUUAGUUUAGUCAGACCAAAUUGUGAACUCAGCAGUCAAUUCACCCACUGAUAGGGCUAUUUAAAAGGGAAUUUUCUAUACUUGGAAAAUGGAGAUUUCUACUAUAGCGAUUUUAUAAUUGCAACUCUUGAUAAAAAGAAAGUGCUUAAUGAAGAUAUUUUAAAAGAUGUGUUUUACUCGCUGACCAAUGUAAAAAUAAUGUAGGGAACACAAGCCACAAUUACUCCACAAGAUUUAUAUGAUAAUUUCUUACGUUCUGGAAUUGAGGUCACCCAAGGCGAAGUAGAUGACAUGAUAAACCAGUUUAAAGCAGCAAAUAAAGAGUUUGAUUAUGAAGCAUUUCAAGAAAUUGUGAUGCAGAAUUCGCCAUUGCUAGAUAGCCCAAUGCUGCCAAGAAGGUCUUUAAAAAAGGACUCAUCAGAUCCAAGGUUGAAUCAGUAUUUGCCUAUACAAUAG